AUGUCCGGUGUUGAGCAGCCGCUGCUCUCCGUCGCCUCUAGCAAUGGCGCUGGUUCGUGUCAGACGCAAUCGACGCAGCGCACAAGAUUUCUGGAUCGCCGCGUGGUCUACCGCAAAGGUGGCGAUUGGCGCAAGAUUUACUGGGACGACCCGUUCCACACGGUGAUCAACACACGCACGUCGAGGAUCAUCUGGGGCGUCUUCAUUGCGUACUUCUUCAUCAUUUUGUUCUUCGCUGUGGCAUAUCUGGACGUGUCGGUGCGGCACCCGACGUGCCACGUAGGACUCUCGAGUAUCAUGGACGCCUACAUCUUCUCACUCGAGACCAUUAUGACGAUCGGUUAUGGUGCCCCAACGGAUGAUAUCUUCUACGGUGGGUGCACGUCAAUUGCUACACUUUUGACUCUCGAGUCUUUCGCUGGAAUUAUUCUGGAUUCUGUAUGCAUUGGCAUCUUCUACGCCCGUUUCUCCCGCGCCAAUCAACGGGCGAACACCAUCAUGUUCUCCAACUCCGCUGUAAUUCGUAAGAUCCGUGGACAUUUCUACUUCAUGUUCCAGACGUGCGAGCGACGGAAACACCAACUUGUGGAGGCCCACGUCCGACUGUAUGCAGUACGGCAUGAAGCUGAAGAUGACACUGAGGAGCCCAACGACUUUCUUUUCCAAUGUCACCAGAUGCGAGUGCAGCAACCUGAUGACGACUGCGGCGCAAUGCUUCUUAUGGUUUUACCACAGGUCGUUGUGCAUCGCAUUGAUCAGUGGAGUCCGCUGUUCCCGCCCGAGUGUCUGCCGCACGAUGAUGGAGAUUCCAAGACUUGCGCGAGCUACCCGGACCCAACACAGCGGCAAGUGGAUAUUGACAACGGGAGUCGCGACGGAGGACUUCCAGGGGCCUCGAAACUUUACAAGGAGCCCACAAAGAUGCAGAUCAUGAACCACAUCCGUAAGAGUGGGCUGGAAGUCAUCGUGAUCUUGGAGGGUAUCGACAGCUCGACAUCCAACACCAUGCAGGCGCGCAACUCGUACACUGAUGAAGACAUCGCAUGGGAUGCAACUUUUGAGCGAUGUGUCGUUAAGACCUCGAGGGGUCUCUGCAUCGACUUUGAUCGCUUUCACCUGCUGAAGCCGGCGCCACUGGACGCAAAGCGUUGUGUCAUGUCGUCCCAGUUUUGA